AUGAAUGGUUACAAAACGGUCAUUUCGAACAUAACUAUCGACGAGCCUCUCAGCUAUCCUGAACGUCCCUUUGACAUCGACCUCUGCGAAAAGAUAUACCAGCUUCCCACUGCGUUCCAGGAACUGGCUCUGGCACAACGCUUGAACACAGAACUCGUUACAAUUAUGGCUUCUCUUGGGAAGUUGCUCAGGAUUCUCUCGGAAGCACCGAGUAAUGAGGAAGAGCGCACUUUUUUGCUGACCUGGGACCCCACAACGCACCUCCAUCAACUGGCGGGUCUGCCGUCGCGGAUGAAAUUGCUCAAGAAGAUUGUAUAUCCAUCGGAGGCCAUCAUCUGCUUUGCACUCUCUUGUUUCAUCACAUUUUUGUUCCACUUGAUGUCGACCGGAGACCUGUGGGAAAGAAAGAAGCUCAACCUUGUUUUGUCUUUGUCCUUCCCUAUGAUUGAGGACGGGAACGACGAGAUCCUAGACUGGUGCAGGGUUCUUGCCUUGACUCUUUGUGCUGACGCAAAGAGAACUAGGGCUUACACCGUGAAUCGGAAACAACUGCAGAGUUGGCGGCUUUUUGACUUAGAAUGGGAAGAGAUCGUCUCGAACCUCCGUCGGCACUUCUGGUUACCAGAACUCGAUGAACCCGCCAAACGCGCUUGGAUAGAAGCGAGAAGUGAAGCUUGA